UAAUAACCUUAAGAGUCCUUGACUUUCAAGGCAGCCCUUUGUCGUGACCGUAAGGCAUUUUCUUAAUUUUUGUUGUUUAUUUGCAUUUGUCGAUAUAUUUUUUGCUUCUUUCUUUCAAAAUCUAACUUUUUUUUCCACUUCUUCAAACUCUUAUACUCACCUCCAAAACUUCUUACAGUUAUUCAUCUAUUUUCCAAUAGGGAAUUUAGAUUCCGAAUACCAUCCUAGAGAUUCUAUUGCAAAAGAAAUAUGUCAUUGAAAUGUUUAUGUUGUUUCUCUAAAGAAAAAGAGCAAAGACAUAGAAGGAAUGUGGAUGACAAGAAAAAUAUUAGAGACUAUCCAUGGGAAAGAUACACCUUGAAGGAGUUGCUUCGUGCAACAAACAAUUUUCAUCAAGAUAACAAAAUUGGAGAGGGUGGAUUUGGAAGUGUAUAUUGGGGUCGGACAAGUAAAGGCGUUGAGAUUGCUGUGAAGCGAUUGAAGACAAUGACUGCAAAAGCAGAGAUGGAAUUUGCAGUUGAAGUGGAAGUACUUGGAAGGGUGAGGCAUAAGAACUUGUUAGGGUUGAGGGGAUUCUAUGCAGGAGGAGAAGAAAGGUUAAUUGUGUAUGAUUACAUGCCUAAUCACAGCUUGCUCACUCAUUUGCAUGGUCAACUUGCCUCAGAUUGUCUACUAGAUUGGCCUAAAAGAAUGAACAUUACAAUUGGAGCAGCUGAAGGCUUAGAGUAUUUGCACCAUGAGGCAAAUCCUCACAUAAUUCAUAGAGACAUAAAGGCAAGCAAUGUUCUAUUAGACACAGAAUUUGAAGCCAAAGUUGCUGAUUUUGGUUUUGCAAAGCUAAUACCAGAAGGUGUAAGCCAUCUUACAACAAGAGUUAAAGGCACACUUGGAUAUUUGGCACCAGAAUAUGCUAUGUGGGGUAAAGUUUCUGAGAGUUGUGAUGUUUAUAGUUUUGGGAUAUUGCUUUUGGAGAUUAUAAGUGCAAAGAAACCAAUUGAAAAACUACCUGGUGGAAUAAAAAGGGACAUUGUUCAAUGGGUCACACCAUAUGUCCAAAAGGGUGUUUUCAAACAUAUUGCUGAUCCAAAAUUGAAAGGGAAUUUUGAUUUAGAGCAAUUGAAAUCUGUGAUUAUGAUUGCUAUGAGGUGCACAGAUAGUAGCCCUGAUAAAAGGCCUAGUAUGGAAGAGGUGGUGGAAUGGCUGAAAGAUGGUGUUUUGAAGAGGAAAAAAGAUAUUCCUAAUUUGAGUAAUAAGGGAAAUGAAGAAAAUGAUGAAAACUAUGAAGAGUUUGUUACAAUGCAGUCGAACAACCUUAAAAUACUAAGUGAUAAUGAUGGCCGCAAAAUGAGAUGAUUUAAAAUACAUCCAAGGGUUUAAGAAAAAAAUAAGAUGGAAUUGUAUUAUAUUUUCAACUAUCUUGUUGGCCUUGAUUACAUUUACUAUAUUUAAUUUAAUUUAACUUCUAGUAUUUGUCUGUAAGGCCAUAUGAGAGAGUAAUAGAUCAUGACUCAUCCCUAAACAGAUGGAUAUCUACCGAAUGUCAAAGUUAUAAUUCAUUAUUUAAAAAUAUUAUACUUUUUCUGUUACUGGAUA